AUGUUCAAGAGCUGCGAGCGAUUCGUCAAGGAAUUUCUCGACCACGGCCAAGAUUCCAAUCUUCCGUGGCGGGGAAAGGGUCAAACGCCUCUGCAUUUGGUGGCGCAGUGGGGCGAGAAGGAGAUCAUUCACUUCCUGCUGAUGAGAGGCGCCGACCCACAGUUGACCAACGCCGAGGGAGAGACGGCUUUGCACGACCUUUGCAAGAGAAGCCGCGACGAUCUGGUAAAGAUGUUCUUGAAAGUCAACAAACAAUUUAGAAAGUCGAUCAAUAUCGACGCCGUGGACGAUCGGGGUCGGACACCUCUGCUGGUGGCUCUGAACCAUAGGGACAAGAAGUCGGCCUUGCUGCUUCUGAAGAAAGGCGCCAAGCCGAAUGCCAUCGACGAGAUGGGAUUGACAGCACUGCACCUGAUGUGCAGAAGAAAUUACGACAGCAAAUCGAUCGAGGAGAUUCUCGACGCCAUGGCCGGCUACUGUCCGGUCAACGCCCGGGACUUGAAAGGACGAACUGCUUUGCAUUACGCAUUGUACCACGGCGAUGAGGACGUGAUCGAGCUGUUGCUGAGACGAGGCGCGGAUCCCAACACACCCGACAACGAGGGAACCACCGCCAUGCACUGCAUCAGCCGGAGACGACUACCCGCCGACGACUUGGCCAAGACGCUGCUCAGAGUCUGCGGCGAAAUCGAUCGUGUGGUGCAGAUCGACUCAAGGGACAACAGGCGCCGUACACCACUCGAGUGGGCCGUGGCGAAUCAUCAGCCGCAACUGGUCGAGAGACUCCUGCAACUCGACGAAGAUCUGUCCGGCUUCAGGUUCCCGAGCUACACUCACUUCGACCAGUGCUUCGAGUGGCACGCCAAGCGUCGAAUCGGACUUCACAGGCUGAAACUGGCCUCGGGCGUGCUGGCCUGCCUGGAGCGGCUGGAAAAGCACGGCUACCGAUUAAAGGCCAACGAUGCCAGGACGAUCACGACUUUGUUCAACCGGAAUGCAUUGGUCCACAGAUUGUCCGCCAACGCCGCGAUGCUGCACUUCGACAGCAGCGUGGGAUUCGCCACGAUGGCCAAGGUGACGAUGGUCCGGCCGAACCUGACCCUCCACGAGCUGAUGUUUCUGCGACCCGAGGAGGUGGCGAUGAAACGAGUCACGUACGCUACGUACUUCAAUCUGGCCGAGUCGGAAAAAUUGUGGCGACUUCCGACGGGGCCGUUGUUCGAGGCCUGCGACAGGCAUCUGUGCGAGGAGGUGGUGAAGAGAUUCUACCGGCGAGUGCGGGACGAGUUCCCGGAGCUGGAGGACCUCGUGAGAGAUGCCUUGACACCGAGAGCAAUUAAGCCAUUUUGGGAAUAG